CUGUCAGUUAGCCUUUCUGCUAACCGCCGCCAACCAGCGGACGGUUAAUUCAGCGUAACCGUGAUGUUUGAUAGUGUGGACGCACUGUACCGGAAGUGGCAUGAGAGAACCCGACUCAUUAAAAGGGAAGAGGCGACGCCAUCCAGGUGUUGGGCGUCGUGUUUAAUGCGAUUAGCACGGGGCGGGACGGUGUCGCGUCGGGACCAAACUCACUUUGAGUUUUGUUCGUUCAGGCAGGAAUCCGCGCUUUGUGCUCUCGUGCCCGACAGCGGCACGGACUUCAUCACUUUAAAGUGGGUGUGUGGUUGGACGGCAGCCGCGCGAGAACGCUGCGCGCAGUUUCACACCGACGGCUCGUUCAGUUCAUGAGGACGAGUCCGGAUUUUUGUGACGGGGGCGGAUCGUGUACUUUGCCUGCGGGCCAGCCUCCUGUGGUCAGGCCGUAUGGCUGAAAUCGGUAGCUUUCAAACGAUUCUGCCCACAGUCUAUCACAUGCCCGCUUGGAUGAUGAAAGAGUCGUUGGUGUGUGGCCAGCUGGGCACAGGUCCCAGGGGCCCGAGGGAUCAGGGUUGCCCCCCCCCUCCCCGAGCUGCUUUUUCAAAUGACUGCCAAUGUUUCUGACAGAGAUUCAAUCAAAUAACUACAAGGAGACUCGAAAUGACCACAAAGAAAACAAAACGACAACAGAGAAACAACAAAACUACAAACACCAGAGCCGACACAGACCAAGACUGAGCUGAAACUAUCACCUCUCUGUUCACAAGAAGUGCCAACACCCGACUCAUUAUCCACAGGGCUAUCAGUUCACUGUAGGUUCAUCAGGUUUCACUGCUGUGGCUUUAUCUACAGCAAACUGCAUGCUGGGACACCGUAAAGGUUGACCCGAACCCACCUGAGCAGAACUCCUCUGUCUGACUUCCUUCAUUAGUCGCUCUGUGGCAGCAGCCGGCUGUUUCACCAAUGCCUCGAUGGAGAGCCUUAUUCAGUCAGUACUUGCGAUGGUCCAGCACCGUCACUCAAGCCCUCGUCCUUUCCGUCAUCACGUUUUGCAUCGUUCUUCCUCUGUGCUGCCACCAGGUGCUUUACUCGUACUUCUUCAUCAGGUCCAUGUACCUGGACUCCAUGAGUGAGGAAGUACUGAGGGAAAGUCUCAACCGAGGUCAGGAUUCCCUGCGCUUCUGGCAGAGCGCUUCCACCGCAGCGGCAGCGUCUUCCAGAUUCAACGACAUCGCCCGACAUCCAGAGCUGCUGGUUACCGUGGUGACAGCCAGGCGGAACGAGGGCCGGGACUUCCACUACCUGCUCCAGGUGAUGCGGCAGCUGAGUCGCAUUGUAGGAGGCUGUGGGGACCGGCGGUGUGCAGAGGUGCUGGUCUGUGAUGUGGAAAGCAGCCCCCAGGAAAACCAGGAUGCCAAGCUGUUGGAGGCCCACUUCAGGGUGAUCCGGCGUUCCCCUGAGGAGCAGGAGACGAACCGGGAACGAAUCAACACCUUCGAGAGGGAGAAGCGGGAUUACGUCUUUUGUCUCCGCAAAGGAUGGCAGCUGGUGAAGCCCAAAAACAUGGUUGUCCUAGAGGAUGAUGCUUUGCCGAGAGAGGAUUUUUUCACAGUUAUAAAAGACCUUCUGUCACGUCGGUUUGCCCUCCACACUCUUUACGUCAAGCUGUAUCAUCCUGAAAGGCUUCAGCGCUACUGGAACCCAGAGCCUUACCGAAUCCUGGAAUGGGUGGGACUCGGGUUGGUCGGAGCGACGGCCCUCCUCCUCACCUUUCCCUACUGGAACCCCUGUUCAUUCUCCUUCACGCUGUCGGUCGGUCACCUCCUCUUCUUCACCCUUUACUUCAUGGCUGCCGCGGAGCUGCUGGGUCGGCAUUACCUUCUGGAGGUGCGGAGACUUUCUCCGCAGCUGUACGCCGUCUCCCCGGCCACCGAGUGCUGCACCCCAGCCAUGCUCUACCCCGGCAACGCCUCGCUUAGAGUGGCCAACUAUCUGGACGGCUCGUUCUGCAUCAAGGGGAACGCCAAAGACAUGGUUCUGUAUCACAUGGCGAGGACGAUCCCCGGGGAAAGGUCUCACAGCGUGGAACCCAACCUCAUCAGCCACAUAGGGGCAUAUUCCUCAGUCAGGGCGAACCCAUCCAGGCCCAAACUCCUCUGACCGAACCAGGAAGAGGUGGAUCACAGUGGAUUUAGUCAGAUUCCUCCGCACUUGGUUCUACUUUUCUUUUCUGCCAUGUCACCUUCUGGACUCUUCAGACAUAUGAAGACAUCACUCAGUGAGUACUGGUUUGGUGAUUGGCAGAUGUCAAGGCAUCAAGAUGAAAUCCGGGCUAUUUUUGGCUGAAAUUUUUGUAUUUUUUUAUUUAAAGGUUACAACUUAUUUUUGUCUCAUUUCAGAGAGUAAACGGUAACUUGAAGCAGGUUUAGUAAAGGAUCUGAUUGAAUUGAAAUGGUGUUGAAACAGCAGAGAGGAAUAUUUAAAAAUUGUCCCCUUUUCAACUAAUUCUAGUCGGGUUUUGGACAAAAUCUGGACAUAAACGACUUACACUGAGCUGUGUUUUCAGUGUGGGAUCAGAAGCCACAUCGUGGUGGAGAACGUCUUCAAGAAUGCUUCAUCAUCCACUUUUAAAUGAUACAGAUUUUCACUUAACAACAUGGGACACGGACAUGAUGAAAGUGGUAAAAUUACUAAAGGAUUUGUUCAGUGUGUAGCCGGACCUCAUUAAAACUAGGGUUGAGGUCCGGAAGCAUUUUACUGAACCUCUUCCUUCCGGUUGAUCUUUGGCUGAGUGCACAAAAAGGUUUGCAGAGAGCAAGUUACGAGACUACAACUAAGUAUAACCAUGCAUAUCAGAAGUUCACUGCGAGUGUGCCUUUUAAGAAAAUAACUUCUCUCGCUGGGUUUAAACAUUCCAGGGUGACAAUCGAUCAGGCCUCCAAACGCCAGGACGAGUCUGCUUUCCGCCUUUCUUUUAUCUUCUUGGGUUGCAAAGCAGGACUCGUGUCACUGCUUCUCUUUGUGGAAACAGGAAGUUGUAGUAAGUUUGUGGACGAAAAACCGUGAACACACCCUUUACGGGACUAACUUGCGAAACAUGGGGGUCAAAGUCUUUACAGCCCCGCAGUCCCUGUCUGUAGUCCAGUCGGUGCGGAUCAAACAGGAGUGGUGAAUCCAGACCAGGAUUCACUGAGAAAGACUUGAGGAUACGACCAUGGGUUUUUAAGUCUGGCCUUUUGUGUUUAACAGUCUUGUUUGCGUACAGAGUUGUGAAAACAGUAAGCAGUCAUAGGGUUACACCAUCUCUGUGGUACAACGUGCCAUCCAACAGCAGAGAACAGUAGAGCAAUAUUGUGCUGUCCCAGCGCUGCUGUAGAAGAAACGGCUACUUCAGCGGAGCCCUACUGACGGUACCUCAAAGAUUAUGUGGUCUACAGAGAACCGACAGCCUCCAUACUGACACAUGGGGACUUUCCUUCUCACCUUUAAAGGAACAGUCUGAGAUUUUAUUGCACCAAGUCGGACAUAUCGGAGCUUUAAGAAAAAUGUGACUUUCCUGGUCACUAUUACGACUCGGAUGAUGACAUGAACGCUGCUUACAAGUGGGAAACUGAUAGUUAUGGUAAUUCCGACAUGACGUGAACGUGGCAUCAGCUCAGUUUUCUCCUUGUUAGCCUGAACAUCUAGGGCUAACCGGAAAUGGGGUCAGUUUAAGGUCGCUGAAAACCCUAAAUAUUGAGUAAGCAACGGCAUUUUCAAAAAACGAGCAUCUUUAUCUAAUCAUACGAAGCGAGAGACACGCGACCUCCUGCUGAGAAAGGCUCUGUCGCAAGUCUGGAGCUUUAGUCACUAGUGUAGUUGCAAAUAUCAGUAGGAUUUUGAAUGAGGUUUUAUUGCUUCUGGAAGAAAAACCCAGAAGUCACGGUUUUACUUUGUCCUUAAUUUGAUCUGACAUAAACCCGUUCAGCUGCUUAGCUUACAUACUUGACAAGACACAGUUUCCUGUAGAUUUAUGAUUUGUUGUUUGUAUUUUUGCAAACGGCAAGUUUCACGAGAAAAUGCUGGUCAGCCUGCACCUUAUUUACCCUUAGUAUCUUGUUAACCAGUCAGCGGUCCAUCCCGUAGUCAGCUGGGUUCACACCUGACCCACCCCACGAUGAGUCCUCUGGUGGAGCCAGGCUGACAGCCCCCCCCCCCUCGCUUUCCAGUCUUUGUGCUAAGCUAGGCUAAACACAUCGUGGAUGUUUCUAUAUAGUCUCCUGUAUUCGGGGCACACGGAAAUGAACGUGAUGCCCGAAACGUCCGACUCUGAGGAAGACAGAGAACAAGGAGAUGUGCCAAAAUGUCAGACUGUUUGUUUCUCAAUGACCACUCUGAAUGUGCCUUUUUCGCGUUUCUCACUUUAGGAUCAUAUCACCCAUGACUCAGCUCUGGAUGAGAUUACUCCCGAGUUGAUCUUUUGCAAUAAUUGAGUGCAUUUAAUCUGUGCAUGCUCGUGUAUAGUGAUUAAAUUAAACAAGUACUGUAAGAAUGAAAGGAAGUAGCUGCCAAAGUAAAACCAUCAGGCCUAUGAGAGAUUCGCAGACUGCCGCUAACGACGCUGAAAUUAGACCGCAGUCAGAUCUCCGGAGUUCAAACUGGCUCCUGUUGCUUAAUGUUUAAAAUGCAGUCGGCAGCAAAAACUGUAACGCAAGUAACGGCACUUUUGAAAGAGAAGCGUCAAGUUUAAGCAGAGAACGUUUUGAAUCCGGAACAAAAAUGGAUGCAGAGAGUUUAAAAAAACAAAAUGAUGACAGAUUUAUUGGACUGUUAACGUGAUGUUUCCGAGGAAUGUUCUGCCUCCCGUUGUGUUUAAAAAAUAUCCAGAUGAAAAUGACACAAUGGAACACAAGUUAUAUUUUAUUUACACGUAUUUUAAAGGAGUAGCUGGACAUUUUGGGAAAUGAGCUUAUUUCUUUCUCCUGCUGAGAGUCCGGCUUCACGUUUACCGUACAGAUACGAGAGCGGAACGAAUCUGAACAUCUAUCAUAAGUCAAUGGGAUGCGUUUGGUUGAAAACAUAAAGCAGACUGAAUUCAGAUUGAUUAUUGUUGAUCUGUCCAAGCGUUGCUGAUGAUCAAUUAAAAGUUUGACAAUUAAUCAAAAGAAAAACUAUCAUCUGACUUCAUCUACUGCCAUAAAAAGUGCUAUAAACGUGAUUUAUCAUCAAUGGCUUGAUGUCUGACUUCAACAUUGAAUUGCACUUUAUUGAAAAUAUACAGUAUAUACAUGUAUAAAAUAAGGAAAUAAAAAGAUAUUUUAUUUUAUAAAAUGAAUGCAGAAAUAUAAAAGAACAGGAAACCUGAUUGAAAAGUUGAAAAUAUAAAAAACUAUUUUGGUGCAAUUAUUAAGCUAAAUGAUCGGAGUAGCUCUACAGUACGAACGGCCCCAGGAUGUAGACAGACAUGAGGAGAUAAACAGAUUUAUGUCUGUUUUCUGUGUCUUUGUCUUCAGAAGUUCAGUUUUCUCCUCAGUUUUACUGAUUACUAAUAUUAAGAAUUGACAACAGAAAUGCCGACAAUAAAGAAACGAUUUCAUUUAGGGUUUGGUUUAAGUUUGGUUGUGGUUUUAUUUGGGUUUUGCUUCUGCCAUACACACAUGAUUUUAUUUCAUAUUUAAAUCAUAACGUUUUGCUGCGUCCAUCCUUUAAAUUUAAAGUCGUGUGACGUUUGAAUGUUUUUCUCUUUAAUGUUUCUGAUGUUUUUCAGUGUUUCAUUUUGUUUGUCCAUUCACUGCAGCACAAAACAUUUGAAGAACAUUUAAGAAAUUGAAGAUUUAUCUUUAAACUGGGUUUUUAUUUCUUUUUUAUUUGACUUUUUUUUUGACAUUUUGGCAGGUUUACUGUCUAAAAUGAGCUCUUACUCUGAAUGUGUUCUUUUGGAUGCGACAUAAGAUCAAGAUAUGUUGUUUAAAAUCUGAAAUUUUGAAACAAAAGCAUUGUGUUGAUUGUCUCUGAAGAUGAAAAUGAAAUCUUUUCUGUUCUGAUUCAUAUUUUGAUUUUGAGCCGACUUUGAAUUUCGACAUGUCGUCCUGUUUACACUGUGACUCUUUCACUGUUUUCUACAUUUAAAACACAAUAUAUCCCUGGUUUUGAAGUCGCCUGCGUGUCAGAAGCUUUGUGUUCCAGGAGUGAUGUCUUCUUGUCAACCAGCCGGGAGGUUAGAGUUUAAGUCCCUGAGGUGAACAAAGCUCUUUAGUUCAACAGGAAAAAGUGUCUACAACGAUUCAUCUGUUUGCUGAACCACACAAACAGUUCAUUCAAUUUUAAGCUUUUGUUAAUCCCAGACUUUUUUUUGUUUAAUUAAAAAAA